AUGCUGCCAAUCACGUUCUUCCUCGUCACGGCGCGCCCAAUAGUGGACAUGCGAAUUUUCCUCGACCAACCCUCCCCACUGCUCGACCGAGUCCGAGAUGCCUCCUCCGUGAAGCAUGUCAUGCGCCUGCAAGCGACCAACUGGGAGCUCAAGGGAGUGGACUACGACCCGGCCAACUUCUCCCUCGACGUGCGCGGAUCCCUCUUUGCCCAGUCCGCCGCCCGGCCGAACCAGCCCACCGUUGUCACCAGCUAUGCCAGCAGCAGCAGGCAGGCACAGGGGAACGGCUCUAGCUUCAGCUUCAGUAGCAGCAGCAGCAGUAGCAGCAGUAGCAGCAGCAGUGGGAAUGGCAGCGCCACCAUGACUGCUUACAGUAGCUCCAGCAGAUCUGGCAGUAGUAGCAGCAGCAGUAGUAGCAUGAGCUAUGGUGGCCGGCACAGUGCCGCCCGGAGUAUGCUGCGGGGACAGAUGGCGGUGACGGUGGGCAUGCAGGUGCCGCCCAACCUCUUCCUUGUGCCCCGCCAGUCCAUUGAAGCUGUUGGUAGCGCGGUGUUGCAGCAGCUGCUGGCAUCAAUGAAGGACAGAGUGAACAACCGAGUUCUCAGCGACUAUGCCAGGUUCACAGCUGAGCGCGCCCGCUCUGCUGCCACUUCAAGGCGCCUCCCCAACUCCAACGCCUAA